ACAGAUUCGGUUCGUGACCGUGACGACUACCUCAAGCAGUCUGAGAGACUCUUCAUCCUACAACCAUUUACAGUUGGAGCUCUCAAGAACAUGCGCAAUUACGAAGGUCAGACACCAGCUGGAGACCGUAAAACAGACGUACUCGCAAGAGCAGUCCAACUGGUCAAGACAAAGACCGAGAUAGUCGACUUCAUUCUUGCAGCUUGCCCAUACAAGUAA